CGUCUCCUCCCGCCUCCCGCCUGCUUUUCCCCUGGUUAUGGCGUCCCCGGCCCUGACCUUCGUCCGGAGGCUGUGCUGGCGGUCGCUCUGCGGGACAAGAGCGUGCAACUUGCGAAGUCCCCAGUGACUGGUCUUGCAGGAGAGCGCAGGCAUUUGUCAUGGACUUUGACUGCACUGCCAAGUUGUGAAUCCUCUUACUUCUGUCUCUCUGGUGGGAGCUGGAAUUUUACCCAGCUGGGGGAGGUUGCCCAGCCCUCACCACUGUUCUGUGGGUGCCGCUACAGCAAAGGCCAACACAAGCUGUUUGCAUUCCAGCGAUUCACCUGCACGUGACUGCAGCCACCAUGCAGGUCAGCCAGAAGGACUUCCAAAAGGCUCAAGAACAGCUGAAGCUUUUGAAAAAGGAUCCUGGGAAUGAAACUAAAUUGAAACUCUAUGCCCUGUUUAAACAGGCUACUGAAGGUCCCUGCAAUGCUCCAAAACCAGGUAUGCUGGACUUUGUCAAGAAAGCCAAGUGGGAUGCAUGGAACUCCCUCGGCAAUUUGUCUCAGGAUGAUGCCAGACAGAAAUAUGCUGAACUUGUCUCAAGUCUGGUCUCUGCAGAAUCUGCUAGCCAGAAGAAAGAGGCUUCUCCAGAAGAGGGCAGACAUGAUGGCUAUGAAACUUUAAUAGUUACUACCAAAAACAAUAUCACAAAGAUAAUGUUUAACCGACCUGAUAGGAAAAAUGCCAUCAACCAUCAGAUGUACAGAGAAAUUAUCAAAGCACUUGAAGAAGCUGGAAAAAAUGAUUCUACCAUAGCAGUUAUUACUGGAAAUGGAGACUACUAUAGUAGUGGAAAUGAUCUGAAUAAUUUCACUAAUGUCCAGCCUGGUGAAAUGGAGAAGAUGGCAAAAGAUGGAGCAGUAUUACUCAAAGAGUUUGUGGGCCAUUUUAUUGAUUUUCCUAAACCACUGAUUGCAGUGGUAAAUGGACCAGCUAUUGGAAUCUGUGUAACAGUCCUUGGUUUGUGUGACCUUGUCUAUGCUUCUGACAGGGCUACGUUUCACAGCCCAUUUAGUCAACUUGGGCAGAGCCCUGAAGGAUGUUCCUCUUACCUGUUUCCAAAAAUUAUGGGCUUAGCCAAGGCAAGUGAGAUGCUGCUUUUCAAUAAAAAGCUGACUGCAGCAGAAGCCUGUGCCCAGGGACUUGUGACUGAAGUCUUCCCUGACAGCACUUUUCAGAAGGAAGUUUGGGCAAGAUUAGAAGCUUAUGCAAGCCUCCCCAAAAAUUCCUUGGCAGUGUCCAAGCAGCUGUUACGAAGUGUGGAAAAGGAGAAGCUCCAUGCAAUCAACAGUAGAGAGUGUGAAGUGCUGACGGAGAGGUGGUUGUCUGAUGAAUGUAUAAAUGCUAUUGUCAGCUUCUUCCAGAGGAAACCAAAACUCUGAUCUUCACCAGUAGAGUAUUUCACCAUCUGGCAGUAGCCUAAUCUGCCCUCAUCAUUAGUAAGCUUCCUCAUCAAAUAGUAAUUCUUACACCUUUUCAUGUGGUGUAUCUCUGCUCUGAGUACUAGGUUAAACCUGGUUCCCAACAUUAAUACACUGUUAUGUGCCUUGGAUCCAUUAUGGAUAUUUGGGGAAAAAGGUUCAUUAUUCUAUAGGCAUCAGUAAUGUUGCUGAAUAAUACUAAAGCAGAUUGUCUUCCAAAGAAGCAAGAGCUUCUAUAGCAUUCUGUUUUGAUUGCUCUUCAAUAAAGAUCUUAUGAAUGAUUCUUUUUAUUUGUCUGUGGGGAAAGAAACACUGUAUUAAUGAAAAAAUAAAUAGAAAUGUUUAAUUACU